UUUUCCUAUUAAAAGGAGAGACACCUGCUGGAUAUGAGAUUUAUGGGAAGGUUCCAGAGGAUGAAGAUGCUUCGUGUCGUGUGUGCUUUUCUUGUCCUCCUCCUCUUCUUAUUUGGUGCCCUUGCUGCCCUCCUGCCCGCUGCUCAUGAAGAUUCUAUAUUAGGGUUUCGACGGGGAGCAUCCUUCUCCAGCCUCUCCUCACAGGACUCCUUCACUCUCAUAAUGCAGAGCUUUAACAGAACUGAUUUGUUACUGAAAAUGUUAAAUCACUACCAGGCCAUGCCCCAGCUCCACAGUAUAAUUGUAGUGUGGAAUAAUGUGGGGCAAGACACGCCACAGGAGAUGUGGGACAGUCUUGGACCCCAUCCUGUGUCUGUUUACUUCAAGAAAGAGAGUGUUAAUCUCAUGCGAAACAGACUGCAGAACUUUCCAGAGAUACAAACCCAAGCUGUGUUAAUGAUGGAUGAUGACACAAUCCUUAGUGCAUAUGACAUCUCCUUUGCAUUCUCCGUCUGGCAGCAAUUUCCCAGUCAGAUUGUCGGCUUUGUGCCUAGGAAGCAUGUUACUUCACCUUCCGGAAUAUUCAGCUAUGGUAGCUUUGAACUGCAAGCAAUGGACUCUGGGCCUGGUAACAUGUACUCCCUGAUUCUUAUUGGGGCUGCGUUUUUUCACAAAGACUACCUGAAGCUCUUCCAGGAUCAACCCAGCUCAAUCCAUCACAUGAUUGACCAGACCCAGAACUGUGAUGAUAUUGCAAUCAACUUCUUGGUGUCAAAUUAUACAGGAAAAGCUUCUGGUGUGCUGGUAAAACCAAUAGAUAUGAGAAACUUGGAGAAGGAUGCAGCAAGUGGCUACACAGGGAUGUGGCAUCGGCCAGAACACCUCCUGCAGCGCUCCUUUUGUCUCAACAAGUUGGUGGGCAUCUAUGGGAAGAUGCCCCUGAAAUAUUCCAAUAUAAUGAUCUCCCAGUUUGGUUUCCCAAACUAUGCCAAUCACAAAUCUAAAUGAUGAAGAGUGAAGGCCUAAUCGUGUCCAAGGCUGUCAUUUGAAGUUUACACCAGUGACUAAUCAGAAU